CAUGUCGAUAUUAGCUGGAGGUGCUGCCGUUGGAUUCGCUCUGCUUGGGAGGACAGAUUUAUCACUGUUCACAAUCGGGCUAUCCUUUCUCUCCAGGCUUCAACUAGUCGACGCUUUCUCGACCUCGUUUACACCAGCGGUGUCCUGCGGCUCAUUCACCGUCAAUUGGAACGCCACAGCUGAGCAAUCAAUUGGACCUCCGUUUUCACUUCUCAUCGUACCCGUCAAUAAUGCCGAUGCACCCUCUGAUACCUCGGCGGGGAGAGGUCCAUCUGGACUGAGCCCACCAAUCCGAUUAAACUUACCCGAUAGUGUUUGGAAUGCCGCCAGUAGGAGUGGGACUCAUACCAUUGAUCAGCUUCCGCUACGAGCAGGAGAGAGAUUCAUCGUGGCCAUGGAUGACGGCUUCGGAUAUGGGACCGGAGGAGUAUCUCUGAUUCAACGGGUGGAAAUUUCUGGGGCACAAACUGCUUCCUGCCUUCCGGAUUCGUCAGCCAACAGUAACGUCUUCUUUUCGAUCGGCUCUUUCAGCCCAGCGCAAUGCAGCCCUCUUAGCAUCCUCGUCAAUUCGCCGAUAGAAGUUCGAGGGUUUGUCCCUGGUGGUUCCCCGUUUAGCCUCGAUAUGCCUGCAUCGACCUCAGGAAAUGCAACCAUCUUGUGGAGCGUGAAUGUUGCUACUGGAUCAUCUUUUGUACUCUUGUAUCGUGCCCAGAAUGGAGACAUUGCAACCAGUGGAUUGAUGGAAACUACCGCCGCAGGGCAGUUUGGAGAUGAGUGCUUGGUCAACGCGCCCCACACCCAGACGAGCAAUGGUGCCCAAUCGGUGGUAUCAUUGGAGGAUUGGGGUUUCUUGCUGCAGUUGCUCUCAUUACCUUUUUCAUCAUCAUUCGACGAACCGACUCUAUGGGACGAAGCCGCUCAGUAUCCACUGCAUCCGGCUUCAAAGGUCGAUCGUAUGACUUCAACACGUCCAAUGACAGAAGCUCGGUGGGCGGAAGGCCUAGAGGGAAGGUUUGGAGGAAAGCUGUUCGGAGGAGGAAAGAAAAAGGGAGCGAAUGGGAGCGGUUCUGGCGGCAAUAUGCGCACCUACACGUCUAGCCAGAGGCGUGCUAUAUACCCCGGCCUCAGCAUCGCAAGCACCCAAAACCAGAGUAUCGGCUUGGUGACUCUAGACGAACCCACUCACGACGUCCAAAUGAACCCAAUGCCACCAUUACAUCAGGCCUCCAAUCCCAAAACUGGAAAUAGUGACCCCAACCGACGUUAUCAGCCAGCGGCAGUUGAGAGGGUACAAAAUGAGGCUAUGAGC